AUGUCUAAAGAAGUUAAAAAAUCUGAUAGAAAAUCAUCUGGUUCGAGAUUAUAUCGACAUAGAAAAAUUGUACCUCCGCAAAAACGUAAAAGCGAAGAUGUUUUAACAAGUAGCGCGUCAGCUAAAAAAAUAAAAGUGACCGUUGAAGAUCAAGUUACGGAGGAUCUUGAAAAAUAUUAUAGGAUAGUAGAUUUUUUAUUGGUCUUUUCAACAAUUGCUACGCUAGUGAAGUGUGUAAAAUGUGAUGUAAAAGUAAAUUUUUAUUCGACUAAGAAAGAAGGCCUUGGAUUUAACAUCAAAGUAUCGUGCGAAAGCUGUAAACAGAUUACAAAUGUUCCGUCUAGUAGAAGAAUAAACUCUGGUGUUCACGAAGUUAAUUAUCGGCGACGGAACAUGGAAAAAAGAGGCUUCUCAUCUUUAUUCGGCGUCACCUCGUUAAUCGGUUACUUCACAGGUAAAGUUCUUGACAUUUUCGUCAAAAGUUCAUACUGCCACGAAUGUACAACUUGGGAAAGUAAAUUAGACGCUGUCGAAUACGAAGAGUGGCAUGAAGCUCACGUAAAUGCUAGAAAGUGUCGGGCAAAUCAUACUGGUGCAGCUGGAAAUAUAGAGGUUCAAGCGAUAAAAACCAUGUUUCAACGCUCGGUAAAAAAUGGUGUGCGAUAUCGCAUCUAUAUCGGCGACGGUGACUCCAAAGCUUACUUCGGGUUAGUGAAUUCUAAACCUUAUGGUGAUGAUUUUUCAAUAGUGAAAAAAGAAUGUGUAGGACAUGUUCAAAAAAGAAUGGGCACUCGUCUACGUAAAAUAGUCUAA